AUGCCUCCGACCCAACCACCUACAAUCAAUCCUCCAACAAAUCCACCGACAGCACCGCCUUUGAUGCUUCCAACCGAAACUCCAACAAGCGCACUACCAGAAUCGCCUACGUGGAGUCCAACACUAUCAGAAUCGCCUACGUGGAGUCCAACUCAAUCGCCUACGUGGAUUCCAACUCAACUGCCAGAAUCGCCUACGUGGAGUCCAACUCAAUCGCCUACGUGGAUUCCAACUCAACUGCCUACGUACCUUCCAAUCAUCAACACCAAGUCAGAUCUGGAAACAGCAAUUGCCACUUGGUCAAGCACAGGAUCAUCAAUCUAUGGCCCCAUUGGAAGUUGGGACGUCUCCCGGGUGACUGAUUUCUCCGACUUGUUUUCGUGGCUUGAAACCUUUAAUGAUGACAUUUCAGGAUGGCAAACAGGGCAGGUCACCAACAUGGCAGGAAUGUUUGCAGAUGCAUAUGCUUUUGACCAAGCCUUGUCAAACUGGGAUGUGAGCCGUGUUACCGACAUGUCGUAUAUGUUUGCGGGUGUGAUGUUGUUUGAUGUACCAAUUUUUAAUCAAGAUUUGUCAAGUUGGGAUGUGAGCAGUGUUACCAACAUGAAUGGAAUGUUUUAUUAUGCAUUUGAUUUUGACCAAAAUCUUUGUGCUUGGUCAAGCAAAAUACAAAGUAGUGCUGCCACAGUAGACAUGUUUUACUUUUCUGGCUGCCAAUAUCCAUCGGAUCCCGUCUUUUCACUCAGUACCAGUACGUGGAGCCCACUCUGUUCCAGUUUUUGUUAA